AUGGCGGUGGCCGCGAAGGCAGGCAAUGACCCCAGCACGACGCAGAGGAUUGGAACUCGAGGCCGCGGAAGCACGGCAAGACCCUAUACCGGAGAAGAUGAAUAUCUUCAGAUCAUGGUUCGCCAAAUGCAAGAGAAGCUCGCCAAGACGAAGCCAACGGGCUCUGCGCCAGCCGCCCAGCAACAGGCUCCCAAAACAGGAUUGGCUCCCGCAGCUGGCGCUGCCUCCGAUUCUCCAAGGAAGGCAUGGAAGCCCACUCCACCCCAGCUGAAACAUGGACAACCGGGACACCACAAACAAGGGGGACCAGCACCUCCCGAGAAUGGCGUAAAAAAGCCACAGAAUUCCAAGCAAAGGAAGACUGGACAGCCCAAACCGAGCAAUGUACAGGCCGGGUCGAGGUCGAAGCCGCCUACCUUCCAGGCUGGGGAUUUCCCCCCACUGGUAAGCCCGCAGCAAAAGGUAAACCUUGCAGUCCAGGCAGCGAUCCAGGACCUGAAGCAGAGUCUCGUGCCGAUACUCACGGCCAGCAUACUUCAGACCAUCCAAAAUUGGCUCACUCCCCAAUUGGAGGAAAUCAAAGCUAGCACUAAGAUGCCGGAACAACGUCGACGCAAAAUUGUUCAUCGUAACCCGGCAAACUCUGAAUCCGAGGGCACUAUGGAGCAACCCAUUGCACAUCAAAUCGAGACUUCCAUGCCUACUCAGGCUCCCACGCAGGCCCCAGUGGUGAUGAUGCCACCCCCUCAACAAUAA